UGUCAUGGACUUUCUGUGGAAGGUUUUGUUCUUCCUUCUUCAACUACUAGAGAGAUGACUCCAGGUGAGAUUAAAUUCUCUGUCCAUGUGGAAUCUGUCCUGAAUCGUGUACCUCAGCCAGAGUAUCGCCAGCUUCUGGUUGAAGCCAUCCUUGUCCUCACCAUGCUAGCAGAUAUUGAAAUUCAUAGCAUCGGAAGCAUCAUUGCUGUGGAAAAAAUAGUGCACAUUGCCAAUGACUUGUUCCUUCAAGAACAGAAAACCCUCGGCGCAGAUGAUAACAUGUUGGCAAAGGAUCCUGCAUCUGGCAUCUGUACUCUUCUGUAUGACAGUGCACCCAGUGGCAGGUUUGGCACAAUGACCUACCUCUCCAAGGCAGCCGCCACCUACGUGCAAGAGUUCCUGCCCCACAGCAUCUGUGCCAUGCAGUGAGGGCUUUGGGUCCUGGCUACUAGGAGUCUUUUGACAGCUGGUCCCUGUCUCAGUUGAUUGUGCAUGGAACUGAAAUGUUAAUGCCUGAUCACUCCCCCCUGCCCCUUCCUGUCCCAUCCUCCCAAGAAGAGAGAACUUUGCUGAUAAACUAACUGCUUUAGAAGAAGUGAACCCUUACCUGGAGUCUCACCUCCAGUGCAUCUGCUCAACAAAACCUUUCAAUUAUUGUCAAUUCUUUCAUGGUUCAUAAAAGUUUGCAUGUGUUUUUAUUCUAUAGAUCUAUUGCCAGCUUAGUUUUCUAACUCCUGUUUCAGGAGCAGAUAUUAAUAAUAACUUAUUCCUAAAGUU